AGUGGUUUGGUCAUGAUGCCAAUGUUCCCUUCCCCCAAUCACAUGCUCUUUCCAGCUCUGUUCACCCCUACUCUGACCCACUUCUCAUUUCAGGUGGCUCUGCUGGAACUGAACUUCCUACCCACAUCAGGCUCCAAGCUAACCAAGCGCCAACUCAUUCUAGCCCGGGACGUUUUGGAGAUUGGAGCUCAAUGGAGCAUCCUGAAGAAGGAUAUCCCGUCGUUUGAACGUUACAUGGCACAGCUCAAGUGUUAUUACUUCGACUACAAGGAUGAAUUGCCGGAGUCAGCCUACAAGCACCAGCUUCUGGGUCUGAACCUGCUCUUCCUUCUGUCUCAGAAUCGUGUGGCCGAGUUCCACACGGAGUUGGAGCGACUGCCUGCCAGAGACAUCCAGACAAAUGUCUACAUCAAGCACCCGGUCUCGCUCGAGCAGUAUCUAAUGGAGGGCAGCUACAACAAGGUCUUCCUGGCAAAGGGGAACAUUCCUGCUGAGAGCUACACCUUCUUCAUUGACAUCCUGCUUGAUACCAUUCGGGAUGAAAUUGCCGGCUGCAUUGAGAAGGCUUAUGAGAAUAUAUUAUUCAAUGAAGCUUCAAGGACACUGUUUUUCACUACACCCAAGAAGAUGACGGAGUACGCCAAGAAGCGUGGCUGGCUCCUGGGUCCUGACAACUAUUACUCAUUUAUCAGUCAGCAACAGAAACCAGAGGAGGUGACAAUCCCAUCCACGGAACUGGCCAAGCAAGUCAUCGAAUACGCCAGGCAUCUCGAAAUGAUUGUCUGAUGGAGAGGAGGGACUGUUUACGGGCUGUGGGGUGGGUGGGAAAGCUGGUUAGGGGGGUGGCGGAAGGGAGGGUGGUGUUUUUUUUUUCUCUCUGUUUGGGAUUGGGAGGAAUAUCUGGUUCACAAUGUUGAAGAACGUCCUUGGAUCUGCUCUGUCCUGAGCCGAGAUACUGCUGGGGAGGUUCCGGCAGUGGAAAACGUUACUGAGCUGCACGGACCAUGCCAAGAACUGAUCCUGAGUUGGGUCACCAAGUAUCCAGUCUGUACAUGGUGUUUUUUUUAUAUCUGUACCGUUAGGAUAUGAUGGUCAUGUGGGACUUUUUUAAAAAAUCUUUUGGUCUUCAACCUGCAAAUGAAUUCCGCUUUCUCUGAGGUUUUACUGCCACCCUUAGGCAUCGAUGUCAGUGUUUUAUUUUUAAACUCGUUCAGUUCUCCCCCAGGCCGAAUAUAGCGAGUUACAGUUACUGCUGAGUUUUAUCUGUGUAUGAUCAGAGGGGCAUCACCUACUGUCCAAAUUAAACCCAAACUAUUAUUGCACAA